AUGAGUGUCGCACGAUAUGGUCAUACAGCAUUCACAUUAGCGAAUGGAUCAGUAUUAGUUACUGGUGGAUACGACAACAAUGGCGGUACUCUCAAUACUGCUGAAUUAUAUAAUCCAGUAGCAGGCACUUGGACAAGCACAGGAAGCAUGAAUCUCGGACGGUAUUUUCACACAGCAUCCACAUUAGUAAAUGGAUUAGUAUUAGUUGCUGGUGGAGAGAGCAAUGGUAUGUAUCUCACUACUGCUGAAUUGUACAAUGCAUCAACAGGCACUUGGACGACUACAGGAUAUAUGACUGUUGCACGAGAUUAUCAUGCAGCAUCCGCAUUAUCAAACGGAUUAGUAUUAGUUACUGGUGGACAGAACACUGUUGGCUUUAUCACUAGUGCUGAAUUGUAUAAUCCAUCAACAGGCACUUGGACAACCGCGGGAAGCAUGAGUGUUGGACGUGGAUAUCACACAGCAUCCAUAUUAGCAAAUGGAUUAAUAUUAAUUACUGGUGGAUCCAGCGGUGUUACUUAUCUCAAUAGUGCUGAAUUGUACAAUCUUUCAACAGGCACUUGGGCAACCACAGGAAGCAUGAAUUCUGUACGAGGAUACCAUACAGCAUCCAUAUUAGCAAAUGGAAAAGUAUUAGUUACUGGUGGAUAUAACAACGGUAUAUUUUUGAAUAGUGCUGAAUUGUACAACCCAUCAACAGGCACCUGGUCAACCACAGGAAGCAUGAGUAUCACCCGAGCUCGUCACACAGCGUCCACAUUAGCAAAUGGAUUAGUAUUAGUUACUGGUGGAGAGAACAGCGGUGGUUAUCUCAAUAGUGCUGAAUUGUACAAUCCAUCAACAGGCACUUGGACAACGACAGCAAAUAUGAGUAUCGCACGAGAUUUACACACAGCAUCCACAUUAGUAAAUGGAAAAGUAUUAGUUACUGGUGGAUCGAGAAGCAGUGGCGUUUAUCUCAAUAGUGCUGAGCUCUAUUAA